AUGGCCCAAGGCACAAUCAAGCAGAAGGCCAACAAGGCCGGCACGGGCCCCAAGAAGACAACCCAGCAGACCCAGCUCAAGAAGGGCACUCGGGUUUUCAAGUCGAAGAAGGGGAAAAGCAAUGCCGACAAGGUCAUGAAGAAGUUCACCUCUGGCAUGGCUGCACAGACCGAGGCACUGCUUGGCGAGCGGGCUGGCCAUCUGGAGCUCAUCGGCAAGGGAAAGAAGGGCAAGAAGGACGACGCGAACAAGAAGAAGGGCGGCUCCAAGAAGUUCGGCUGA